CUUUUGUUGAGGUUUGUGUAAAACCCUAAGCAUAUAUGUACGUCGUCAUCUUAGCAUCUGCUAGAGCGUAUCCUUUCCAUAUCUAUCUUCAUCUCUCGACUCCAUCUCCAUCUAAAGCUCAAAACUUUAUCAACCGUACAGAAGUAGAGAAAUAAUGGAAGCUUGUUGUGGAGCUACUUCAAUGGGUUCUCUUCAGCAACCUGGAGCAGUUCAAGGACCUGUCUUUGCCCCAGUUACCAAGUUUUCUCAGCAACUGAAGUUCACUUUCCCGAGACCUGUCCGUUCUUUGUCUCUGAAAAGAAGCCUGGUUGUUGAAAGAAGAGCGUCUCAAGUCUCGGUACCUGCCGUUGAGACUAGCAGCAAUGAAAUCCCUUUUGAGGACUAUGGUCGUAGUGAAGUUGAUCCAGAAGUGGACGAGAUUAUCAAAAAGGAGAAAAACAGACAGUUCAGGAGCUUGGAGCUUAUUGCUUCCGAGAACUUCACGUCUCGAGCUGUUAUGGAGACUGUUGGAUCAUGCCUCACCAACAAGUAUUCUGAAGGACUACCUGGUAAAAGGUAUUAUGGUGGCAAUGAGUUCAUCGAUCAGUUGGAGACACUUUGCCAGAACCGGGCUUUAGCUACCUUCCGGUUAGAUUCAACCAAGUGGGGGGUUAACGUUCAGCCGUUAUCUGGCUCACCUGCAAACUUUGCUGUGUACACCGCCAUACUUAAGCCUCAUGAUAGAAUCAUGGGUUUGGAUUUACCUCACGGAGGCCAUCUCUCACAUGGGUUCAUGACUGCCAAAAGGCGUGUAUCUGGAACUUCAAUAUACUUUGAGUCCAUGCCUUAUCGACUUGAUGAAUCAACAGGCAUUGUGGACUAUGAUAUGCUCGAGAAGACUGCUGCUCUGUUUCGACCAAAGCUUAUAAUCGCAGGAGCUAGUGCCUACAGCCGAGAUUUUGACUAUCCUCGCAUGAGGAAGAUUGCAGACUCAGUUGGUGCAUUUCUGAUGAUGGAUAUGGCUCAUAUUAGUGGACUUGUGGCUGCCUCUGUGGUAGCUGAUCCUUUUGAGUAUUGUGAUAUUGUCACAACCACCACUCACAAGUCUUUGAGGGGUCCGAGAGGUGGCAUGAUCUUCUUCAAAAAGGAUCCAGUUAAUGGGGUUGAACUUGAAUCUGCAAUUAACAAUGCUGUCUUCCCUGGUCUGCAGGGUGGUCCUCAUAACCACACAAUUGGAGGAUUAGCAGUCUGCUUGAAACAUGCGCAGUCGCCUGAAUUCAAGGCUUACCAGAAAAGAGUUGUGGCUAACUGUAGGGCUCUAGCUAACCGGUUGGUUGAACUCGGGUUUGAGCUGGUUUCCGGUGGCAGUGACAAUCAUCUUGUCCUCGUUGAUCUUAGACCACUGGGCAUGGAUGGUGCUCGAGUUGAGAAAAUCUUAGACAUGGCAUCUAUUACACUCAACAAGAACUCUGUCCCUGGGGAUAAGAGCGCGUUGGUUCCAGGAGGAAUAAGGAUAGGAACGCCUGCGAUGACGACAAGAGGACUGACAGAGAAAGACUUUGUGGUGGUCGCAGACUUGAUCAAGGAAGGUGUUGAGAUAACAAUGGAAGCCAAGAAGUUGGCAUCAGGAACAAAGCUUGGUGAGUUCACAAAACUGGUGACUUCUCCUGAAUUCCCAUUGAAAGAGAAAGUGGAGUCUCUCAAGAACAGAGUGGAAUCAUUCACCUCUCGUUUCCCCAUUCCCGGAGUUUAAAGGUUUUAUUUUUAUUAAAAAAAAAAACAGAUGGUGGUGUCUUGUUGUACUUUUUUUAAUUAUGGAGGGUUUGAUGAGCUUGCGUAUGUCCCAAGGCAAGAUAUAAAAUAAUAUCGUUAAAAAAGAGAGAGAGAAAUAUUUGAAAUAAAGUAUUAAAUAAGAAAGAAGCAGCAGCUAUUUAGCGG